AUGAAACUGAAAAAUGUUUGGUUUUGGUCCCCUUCAACUGAAAUUGAUUCCUACUUACCAUGCUUACAGGCUAACUGUGAAGAUGUGACAGGGAGUGUUUAUUCGUAUCAACAAAUCUGUGUACGAGUUAAUAACGCAGCCUGGUUCCCUGCAUUUUCAGUGACAGAGAACCAGAAUAAGAUUGCAGGGAAACAAGCCUUGUUACAAGGGUCUCUGCUAGAAUCAUGUGGACCCCAGUGUAACAAAUCUAUGGAAAGAGAGAAAAUCUCAGCUCAAGGGUCAACAUGUCUUUAUUCCAAGAAAGAGUGUACAUAUGCCAGAAUCAUAUGGACCGCAGACUGGCCCUGGUGAUUCCGUAAAGAAAAAAGAGGAAAAAUCAGUGCUUGUGCUCAUUGGUCAUUGGA